AUGAGCGCCGACGAGAAGUGCAAGAUUUACGUCCUAACCUACAGCCUGUACGGACAUGUCAACACCUUGGCUGCCGAGAUCAAGACCGGCAUCGAGGAGGCUGGGUGCGAGGCUGUCAUGGUCCGCUGCCCUGAGACUCUGCCCGCGGACAUCCUCGAGAAAAUGCACGCACCUCCUAAGGACGAGUCCAUCCCUGAAGUGGACGUGAAGGACCUCGUCAACGCCGAUGGCAUUCUCUUCGGCUUUCCGACGCGGUUCGGCACCCUCCCCACCCAGAUGAAGUCCGUUCUUGACGCCACAGGGGGCCUGUGGCAGAGCGGAGGGCUCGUCGGCAAGCCGGCCGGCGUGUUCAUCUCAACGGCGACUCAGGGGGGCGGCCAGGAAACCUCGGCGCUCACCUUCCUGACGCAGCUGGCGCACCAUGGCAUGAUGUUCGUGCCCAUCGGGUACUCGAGCCCCCUCCUGUUCAACAACGACGAGGUCCACGGCGGAAGCCCGUACGGCGCGGGCACCCUCGCCGGGGGCGACGGGUCUCGCAUGCCCAGCGACCUCGAAAAGGGUGUCGCCAAGCACCAGGGUUCCUUCUUCGCAGGCACCUGCAAGGCCCUCAAGGCCGGUCGCGCCGCCUCCGCUUGA